UGUCAUAAAAUAUAAACUUUUUGAAAUAUACAUAAGGCACAUAUCAAAUGUAAUUUAAUGAAUAAUUUCAAUAUAUUAAACUGUGAGGAAUGCCAAAACCAGAUACAAGAGACUUCGAAGAGAGAUAUUCCUCUUGUUUCCUCGAUUUGGGUGUUAAAACCGUUGCAGGCCUCCUAAUUGGUAGUAUGUUGGGCAGUUUCUUCCUUCAUGGCUAUAAGAAAUGGCCAAUGUAUAUAGGAGGUGGUCUCGGCGUGGGGAUGGCGUAUAAAAAUUGCGAAAACAGCUUAAACAAUUUCCUCCUUUCGAUGGAUCCAAAGGCUUGUGUAAUCAAGAAGAAACCAUAACAUACAUGAAUUAAUUUACAAGUGACUAUGACCUCAAAACCCGGUCAAAAAUUUUACAUUAUAACUAUGUUUUUUUCCAAAUAUUAAGUUAUUUUUCUGAAUGUAAAUAUAUUAAUUUAAAUAAAAUCAUCACAUUU